AAGAGCAACAUGAAAUAUGAAUGAAAAAAUAUCACUUUCCUAGAUUCAUUUCUAUGUGCCUUUACUGUGUCUGCCUACUUCUUGAAGAUACUAGGAAAGGUCUGUUGUUAUUUAGCAAGAUAUUCCUAAAUUCUGAAUAGAAAAAAAGCAUUCCCACCCUAGUUCCUAAUUGAAACUUAUCAGAGCAGAACAUAGUGGUGAACUGCUAUGAAAGUGUACAGUCCUCUUAGAGCCUAGCAGCAAUAUCCAGCAUUAUGGGUGGAUGUUUCUUAUACAAGUGAAGGCUCAAAUACAUUGGGUCAUCUCAACUUCCUGAAUCUUAAGGGAGGACAGCCUUUCAAGCGGAAAAGGCCAAAGUUUACGUAGACCUUUAAGGGUUUGAUUUAAAUCCUAGAUAUAUAUUGACAAUGAAUACAAGUUAGAGAGUGUUAAUAAGAUGCAUUCACUGUGAGGAAAGUUGCUGAAAUAGCCUGUACAGUGGUGUUCUGUUCAUCACAGCUAGCCCUUAUUAUCGAGUAAAUCAGCUUUGAAUUAUGGCUGUAAUCAAAACUGUACCAACAAUGCAAAGUCAGUCAACAUGCUGUCCGAAAAGUUUUUGGUUGUAGAGUAGACUUCUGGGGUGUUGAGGAGAACUUCUUACAAACUGGCUCUCUGAACCCAACAAGAUUUCCCAGUACCGGGGAAAAAAAAUUGUCAGUUUGAUUAAUCUGUCAAGCUUUCAGGCAUCUGGUGUCAGUAAAUCAAACUAAAGCUGCUACAGGUUUUUAAAAUCAGUUGAGUUUUUGUACAGGCUGCCGCAACCCAUUUUUUUUCAUACUGAAGUGCAGAGCUCUAGGGUACAAUAGUAAUGAAAUAAAAAAUGAGAAUUGUAAAUAACUUUUCAUGUUUUUCCAAGCUGUGGUACAAAACCCAGAGAUUAGAAGGAAUAGGAGUGACUUGACUUUGUUACUUUCUAAGUGACAUAGCUAUGUUCUCAUCUUGGUUGUGAAGCUGAAUGAAUGACAAAAGUAACUGAACCUAUUUAUAGGGAAAGCCUGUUAUAACCUGUACAUGUCCCAGCUCCUUGUAUAGAGAAAUCUAAGUCUAAGAAAACAUUGACCUAGAAGUUAAAUACACAUAAUUCUAAAUACAGAAGCUAUUGUUAAUUUCUUUUUAUUUUUUUCUAGCAACAGCAUAUAUACUUAUGCAGUGGCCAGUUGACUCGCCUUCAAGAAAAUUAAUGUAGAUAAGCAGUCAAAGAUCAGUUAUCUUUUUACAUCGUUGUUCCUAGGUUUUGAAAACAUAAUCUUUUGAUGGACUACACUUCAUUUGGAGUAAAUCUUUCAAUACCAACCCCAGGCUUGCAUAAGAAUCUGAACAAAUUUAAUUGGGUGUAAGAAAUAUAAGUCCUCCACGUGAUGUGACAAAAAUCAAAGCAUUAACAUAAAGGCUUCUCAGAACUGCUCAACAAAUCAAAAUCUGUCUGAAAACUUGAGGUCAUAAAAUAAUAUUUUAUUUACCUGCCAUGUCGAGAGUAUAAAUAAAAAGGGACAGUAAUAGUGGUUUCGAUCCAGAGUAACAACUAGAGCUGCGGCAGUGGAAUUCAAAAGUGACGGUGAAAGUCAAGGGGUCAUAUCUGACACUUGGAGCAGAGUUGGGAAAAUACAGAGAUCUUCCUGCCUGGGUGGAAAGCUUCUGGCAUACAUUAUGCUCACAGUGAGCAUUCAGCUACUGCUUGCAAGCUACAGUGGCACAAAAUCCAGAGUAAUUUCAGUGUUACUGCAGUGGCAGAGUGGAACUAAAGAAGGCUGCAAAGUUGUGGAAGGACAAUUUGCUUUGCUCUAGUCUCUUCACAAAUAAACUAGGCAUAGCAGAAGAGAACAUCAAGCGAGCAAUACUGUUUCUAUUCCAGUCUAAGUGAGACUCAAAGUAGCUUCUGCAGGAUUACUUUGUCACUGUGAAAGCUUCUGGCCUCUGUUGUAAGUACAGUUUCUGCAGCAGAUUUAUUGAUUUAUUUUCUCAACUUGUAUUGGUGUCCACCCAGGGUGCAAAAGUUACGUACUCUGUAUUUCAACAUUAAUUAGGAUAGCAACAGCACACACUGAUGUAGAACCAUUAAUUCUGAAAGCACCCUAAGCGUUAGUACAAUGCAGCCACCUGCUGGCUUUGGGAAGUGGCAAGGAAGAAAUACGCGUAUUUUACGAAGUUGCUCCUGCAAGUAAGUCAUAAAAUUACUAUUACUGAACAGUUACUAAUGAACGCUUUUGAAGCAUGCCUUCUUAGUGUCUCUGAUGUGUUUUUCAACUGGUUAGUCCACAUCUCUUCCCUGGAUAGCCAAACCUGCAUUCUGCAAUCACUUACAAGCGUACUUAAGCUCUUAUGCCACAGAGCCUCUCAUGUGCAAGGAAGUAAUUGCAACUUUAAAUCAUGUGCUUAUUAGCUCUUAAAUAAUUAAAAGAGCCAGAUCAAUAAAGAGCAAUAGUCCUUAAGUAAUUUGGAAAGGAAUUAAUGGCAAAAAUCAGAAGCUAUAAAGAGAGCUAUAUCAGAAACUGAAUAUUGUUGCAUAUAAUUAUUUAAAAAUCAGAGUGCUAAUUACUUUAAUAACAGACUCUGGAUAGAGAUUAGAUGCUGGCAAGAUUAACAAACUUGAAAUGCAUGUUGUAUAUGAUACAAGUUUUUCCUGUACUACUUAAUUUGUUCACAAAAUGUACUAGGAGCCUGAGUUACCUCAUGUGCAAAGUGCAAGUUUUAAUUGCUGGACUUCACCUUAAUUUAUGCAAAUUAGACAUGGUGUAAAAAUCUGCUUCCUUCUGCAGACCCCAACUUUGAGGAAGUUUCUGGUUGGAAAAGCAUUUUAAACACAUUUGAAGUUAGACAACUACAAGCACAGACAAAGAAUGUAAAAUUCGAAUUGUAUGACGGGCAUAUUAAAAAUGAGAAUAACCCUAAAAGAAGAAAAGGAACUAUAAAACCAGCCAAAACUGGUCUAAGCACUUUCAGCUGUUUCAAACUGCAUGUGCAGCAGCCACGGAAACAGGAUGUUACUGCAAAGGGAAACUAAAGGUCAGUUUCUCAUAGAUCACAUCUGCAACUAUUACAGCUUGCUGGAAAAAGACUAUUUUGGUAUUCGAUACGUUGACCCCGAGAAGCAGAGGCACUGGCUUGAGCCCAACAAGUCCAUCUUCAAGCAAAUGAAAUCUCAUCCACCAUAUACCAUGUGCUUUAGAGUGAAAUUCUACCCACAUGAACCCUUGAAGAUUAAAGAAGAGCUCACCAGUUCAUACAGAGGAAGAGCAGCUCUGAGAGGAAUGGGAGGGGUUCACCUAAGAUACCUUCUGUAUCUACAAAUAAAAAGGGACAUUUUCCAUGGCCGUUUGCUGUGUUCUUUUUCUGAUGCUGCCUAUUUGGGUGCCUGUAUUGUCCAAGCUGAGCUUGGUGAUUAUGAUCCUGAUGAACACCCAGAGAAUUACAUCAACGACUUUAAAAUUUUUCCCAAGCAGUCACAAAAGCUUGAGAAGAAAAUAGCUGAAAUGCAUAAAAAUGACUUCAGAGGUCAGAGCCCAGCUGUUGCUGAAUUUAACUUGCUCCUGAAAGCAUAUUCUUUGGAAACUUAUGGUGUGGAUCCUCAUCCUUGUAAGGACUCAACGGGGACAACUACAUUUUUAGGAUUCACAGCUGCAGGAUUUGUAGUUUUCCAGGGGAAUAAAAGAAUUCAUUUGUUAAAGUGGUGUGAUGUCUAUAAACUGAAAUUUGAAGGGAAGACUUUUUACGUGUUUGGAGCUCAGAAAGAGAAAAAGGCUAUGCUGUCAUUCCAUACCUCUACACCAGCAGCCUGCAAGCACCUUUGGAAAUGUGGGGUGGAGAACCAGGCUUUUUACAAGUAUGCAAAAUCCAGUCAGAUCAAGACCAUGUCCAGCAGCAAGAUAUUUUUUAAAGGCAGUAGAUUUCGAUAUAGCGGGAAAGUAGCCAAAGAAGUUGUGGAGGCAAGCUCUAAAAUCCAGAGGGAACCUCCAGAAGUUCACAGAACCAGCAUUACUCAGAGUCGCAGCUCUCCCUCCUUGAACAAGCAACUCAUAAUCAACAUGGAACCUCUGCAGCCCCUCCUUCCUUCUCCUUGUGAGGAGGAAGAGGUCCCUUUAGAUGAAGGUAUCCAGCUGCCAAAGGAAGAUGAGAUUUCAGUACCUGCGGCUUCAGGCUCUCCAGUUAAGGACACUGGGGAGAAUGUUGAUCUUGCCAUUGAACAGGAAGAGAAGAUGAAAGAGGAACCUUUAACCAUCUCAGAACUGGUCUACAGUCCUAGCGCCAGCUUGCUGCCCACCCCUGUUGAUGAUGAGAUUGACAUGCUCUUUGAUACAUGUCCAAGAGUAGAGAAUGAGAAAGAUGAUACAGAUUCAUUUGAGGAACUGGAAGCAGAUGAAAAUGCAUUUUUGAUUGCGGAGGAGGAAGAACUGAAAGAAGCUCGGAGAGCGCUUAGGUGCAGCUAUGACUUUCUAAUGGGCAACAUAGAGGUUAAUGCCUUUGUGAAGAGUUUCUCCAGACUUCUCCUUGUAGGCCUUGGACUGUUGUUGUUUGUGUUCCCUCUUCUCCUUGUUCUCUUGGAGUCGGACCUUCAGAUCUCUUUUCUCCAUGAAAUCCGUCAGACGCCGGAGUUUCAGCAGUUUCAUAUUGAAUAUUACUGCCCCCUUAGGCAGUGGGUGGCUUGCAAAAUAAAUUUCAUUUGUGACAUGCUGGGCAGCUUUUAAAUUUUGAAUAAAUAUGAUAAAACUAAGGGCUAUAUUCAAAAUUUCAGUUAGUGCCAGCUUUCCAUAAUGCCCCUGGGGCCAUCAGUCAGUAGCUGUUCUCAUACCCAGUUCAUUGCCAAGUCUUAGGUUUCUUAAGUUCCCUUUACACACUUAAAUUGCCUGUCUAGUUACGGGCACAUACAGUCACCUUUCAUUAUGCAUAAAAGAAGCAUAUUUUAAUUGUAUUUCAGACUUCCUGUUCAUCUAUAUUAAGACAGGGUCACAAUAAGCUUCAUUGUCCUUAACCUUUCAAUCCAUGACACUAAAUCUGAUGAAACUGAAAGAAAAACUGUUUUGAAUAUACUCCUUAGUGCAGUAAUCUCUUCUAACCAAUGCCUAUACAAGCAAUGUUUAUGCUGGGUUUUUGGUUUUGGUUUGUUUUUCUGUUUGUUUUGUUUUUUACAUUUUUAUGUGUUUAAAAUAUUUUGGUAAAUUUUUAGCAAAAGACAACUUAUGAUGUUAUUUAAAUGUACAAAUUGGUAAGAGUAAUGCACAAGGGCAUGCGGGUGUUUUUAGUGUUUUAGCAAUGAGUUGGUUUGAAACUACUGGCUGGUGAAUGAAUGAGUUUAAUAUAGCUGUAUAUAAGGGAACUGUGGUUUGGGAAAUAUAUUGAAAGUUCACUCAAGUUCAGUAGGGUCUGCCUGGGGGAGGUGAAAAGACACCAAGUAUGCAGAAUUUAAAAAAAAUCCUGGGGACACGAGCAGAACUGAAAGUAAUGGUCUUUCCUUUUACUUGUCGGGUUGUCUUGCACUUUUAUCAGUGCUGUUGAAAGUCUCUACAAGGUAGUCUAAGUAUGUUUGGAAUAGAGUGAGUCUUCAGUCUGAAUAUAGAUUACUGUACAUAACAGGGAAGAAGUAAGAAUAGUAAGUAGAAAAAAAAAAAGAAACCCUAGCUAAAUCAGUAGGUUAGUGACCUACUUUUAAAAUUAUAGAGAAGAAAAACUUAUUCCUUUUUAAAAGCAAAGCACUAGGCUGUACAGUUUACAUAAAAGUAUUCUGCUGAUUCACAGUUAAAGGCUUAAACACUUUAAGAGAUGCAUCUUCAUCCUAGAUGCCUGUUAUUACUAAUCUCUAAGACAGCAUAUUUUCUGUGCAUAUUAAUAUGCUUCCUUUCACAUAUAGCAGCAUACUUAGGCUCUUUCGCCAUUAUUGAGCCCAGUUACAUGAUCUGAUGCUGUUUCAUGUAACAUGGAUUUGUAUAUCUAAAGGUAUUCCAGUAUAGCUUAGAGUUGAAAGUAAAAUCUUGUCAAUGCUGUGAAAAUUUGGAGGUACAGAGGUUGUAUUUAGGAAGAGAAAACUUAUUCAUCACCCCCCUCAAUCUUCGUGCACAUGUAUUUCACAUUGAAACUAGACAACUUCUAUUUUGGCCUCAGACUCUUUCUCCUGCUUAGAGGUUUAUGAGUUGGAGACAUUUGAGGUUGUUCUAUUAGAUGUACAUUUAACACAUUAUAACUACAUCAUUAAUUCCUACUGAAUAAAUUCCUUUAGUGCUCCUAUCAGAGAGCAGAUUUUGCUUGGUUUCCUCAUGUAUGCCUUUGCAAAUGUCUUUGAAAAUGGCAAUUUCCGUAGCAGAUUUCUCCUUCCAUUCUAAUAUUCUCCAGCUUUUAAAGGGCAAAACAUUUUUAGGGCUUAGGAGUCCUCUCCUCAGUUGAAAACUUUUGGGUUGCUAUUCCUUUCCCAAGCAACAAAGGCUAAAUUUAACAACUACCUUUUUUCUUGUCUUUGUUUGUCCUUCCAAUUUGUUCCCCAGAAGAAUCACUAUUGAUUAGCUAGAUGGUGUGUAUUUCUUCUUGUGCUACUUGCAGCUAAGCGAUCCUUUCCCAUGAGGUAGUAAUCAUUCAGCCUGAUAGAAAUAGAGAGUGAACUAAAGUAGACAUUUGGCCUUAAAGGGAAAAUAUUAACUUGAAUUGUUUUUAAAGAGGGGCAUGAGUAAGGGUGUUACGAGUGGUGAAGGCUAUGAGAGCUGGCGUCCUGCUCGACUAUGGAGACAUGGUUCCACACAGACUCCUGUAGAGGUCUGAUGAUCCAAUACUCCAAAAUAUAGUCUUAUCCCUGUAAAUUCCAGCACUCUGGAAGUAGGAGCAUUGUUAUGCUUGAUUUAACUCUAUCAGAAAAUAGCUGAGUUGCAUGAGAACAUAAUCUCAGAAAAUGUGCAGUGCAGUGAAGUUUUGUGUAGGGUUAAAUGCAAGUGUGUGUGCGCACAUGUGCCUGCCUUUACUAAACAUGUGCAUACAUUGAGGCCUGGCCUUUUAAAAUUCAUCCUUUCUUUCCCAAAAUUCUCUGGUGUGUCAAAGUAAUUCAACUGAAAGUCCUAUAACUUAAAGGAUGGGACUGUCUAAUACACACAGAAGCGUAUGGUUGGGCAUAUUCAGAGAGAAAAGCAGCUUAAUAUUUUAUUAGUGGGGAUAACAGACAUGGAUUAUGGAGCAUCUAUACGUACAGUAUUGUGUAUUUCUGUCUGUGCUUGGAUUAUAUUGUAAAAUGUUAUGUACUUGAAAUCUAUUUUGUGGUUUGUCUAACAUUUAUAAACACAACUCUGGGAAGAAUUAAAAAUGGUUUUAUUUCAUGGAGACUAAGGGGAAAAUAUACCUGUAACUUGAGCCUUAUCUUUGUACAGUGAAUUUCACAUUUCUAUAUGUCAACAUCCUGAUUGUUUUGUAUGUUGAUAUGAUGGCAGGAAUCCCUAAUAAAAAUAUAC